AGGGGGUGCCAGGCGGCGGGAGAAGUGGUCAUGGGCGCGUGGGGCAAGACGUUGGUGCCACUGCUGCUGGUGGUGGCGGCGGUGGCCUCACAGUCAACCCUUUUGCAGGUGGAACCUGAGAAUCCCUUAUGGCAGGAAGCGGACCUAUUGUCAGGACCCUGUGGUCACAGGACCAUCCCUUCACGUAUAGUGGGUGGCGAUGACGCAGAGCUCGGCCGCUGGCCAUGGCAAGGGAGCCUGCGCAUAUGGGGUUCCCACUUAUGUGGAGCGACCUUGCUCAACCGGCGCUGGGUGCUUACAGCUGCCCAUUGCUUCCAAAAGGAUAGUGAUCCCUUUGAUUGGACAGUCCAGUUUGGCGAGCUGACUUCCAAGCCAUCUCUCUGGAACCUACAGGCCUAUUCCAACCGUUACCAGAUAGAAGACAUCUUCCUGAGCCCCAAGUAUACGCAGUCAUAUCCCCAUGACAUCGCCCUACUGAAGCUGUCAUCUCCUGUUAACUACAAUAACCAUAUCCAGCCCAUCUGCCUCCUGAACUCCACAUUCAAGUUUGAGAACCGAAAUGACUGUUGGGUGACCGGCUGGGGGACUAUUGGAGAGGAUGAAAGUUUGCCAACUCCCUACACUCUCCAGGAAGUGCAAGUAGCCAUCUUCAACAACAGCAUGUGCAACCACAUGUUCCAGAAGACAGACUUCCGAAUAAACAUCUGGGGGGAUAUGGUUUGCGCUGGCAAUCCUGCUGGUGGCAAGGACGCCUGCUUUGGUGACUCAGGAGGACCUUUGGUGUGCGACCAGGAUACGGUGUGGUAUCAGGUUGGAGUUGUGAGCUGGGGUAUAGGCUGUGGGCGGCCCAACCGGCCUGGAGUCUACACCAACAUCAGUCAUCAUUACAACUGGAUCCGGUCGACCAUGAUCCGCAAUGGGAUGCUCAGGCCUGACCCAGCCCCCCUGCUGUUGUUUCUAACUCUGUUCUGGGUCCCCUCACUGCUGAGGCCUGCCUGGGCCCACCUGUGAAAAUACUGUCAUCUUUUCUAUCAUGUUUGUUAAUAAACAUGCUUA